GUAACAGGUGUGUUUCAUUCUGACAGCAGCUGUAUUAGCUUGUUAGCAAGCUAGCGUAGCAGCAGCGGUGGAACUUGUUGUUGAUCUCUUCUACUAGAUACUUCGCAGAGGGAUUGUCCACUGAGCUCGAAAGUGACAUUCAAGUGGAGAUUCACAGCUGAGACAUAAAGAGGAGUCAUUUCUUUGUGUUUGUGCUUCGUCUUCCUUCCUUCUGGUUUAUUCCUCAGCGCGCGGCCCCAUUGUGGAUCCCCAGCUUCCGAGGGCGGCGGGGGAGGCAGAGGCAGCCUGAGGCAGAGCCCGGGGGGCUCCAUGAGCAGGACAGGGUACCAGCAGCAGGGGGGGGCGCUGCGGUGGCGGCGAGCCCCAGCCCAGGACAGGGCCGCUGGGCAGGGCGGAGGCGUGGAGGCGGCUUGCUGGCUAGCACCCGGAGCUCUGCGCCGCCUCAUCGAGCUCCCUGCUCCACCGCUGUCCAGACACCAGCUGAAGAGGCUGGAGGAGCACAGGUACAGCAGUUCUGGCUGCUCUCUCCUGGAGCCCCUGAUGCAGCGCUACUGGGAGUGGCUGGUGGGCCGUGUCCCUGCCUGGAUUGCCCCCAACCUCAUCACCAUCGUGGGCCUGGCCACCAACGUCUUCACCACCCUGGUGCUGGUCUACUACUGCCCCACCGCUACUGAGCAGGCACCUCUGUGGGCAUACCUGCUAUGUGCGGUGGGCCUGUUUGUGUACCAAUCACUGGACGCCAUCGACGGAAAGCAGGCCAGACGAACCAAUAGCAGCUCUCCGCUGGGCGAGCUAUUCGAUCAUGGCUGUGACUCUCUUUCCACGGUGUUUGUGGUUCUGGGUACGAGCAUCACCGUGCAGCUGGGAACCAACCCUGACUGGAUGUUCUUCUGCUGCUUCGCUGGCAUGUUCAUGUUCUACUGCGCCCACUGGCAGACGUAUGUCUCUGGAACCCUGCGCUUUGGCAUCAUUGAUGUGACCGAGGUGCAGAUCUUCAUCAUAAUCAUGUAUUUGCUGGCUGCCGUGGGAGGAUCCACGUUUUGGCAGAUUCUGAUUCCUGUCAUAAACAUCCAGAUGAAGAUCGUUCCUGCCAUCUGCACCUUCAUAGGAGCCAUGUUUUCCUGUACAAACUACUUCCGUGUUAUCUUCACUGGAGGUGUGGGGAAAAAUGGAUCGACAAUAGCAGGAACCAGUGUUCUGUCUCCCGUGUUCCACAUUGGCUCAGUAAUAGUGCUGGCAAUGAUGAUCUACAAGAAAUCUGCCGAUCAGCUCUUCCAGAAGCACCCCUGUCUUUAUAUUCUUGCCUUUGGCUUUGUGUCAGCCAAGAUCACCAAUAAAUUAGUUGUAGCACAUAUGACAAAAAGUGAGAUGCAUCUCCAUGAUUUAGCAUUCCUGGGGCCAGGCCUGCUGUUCCUGGAUCAGUAUUUCAACAGUUUUAUUGAUGAAUACCUGGUGCUGUGGAUUGCACUGAUCAUGUCUUUCUUUGACUUGGUGCGUUACUGUGUCAGUGUUUGCAACCAGAUUGCCUCCCACCUUCACAUUUUUGUCUUCAAACUCAAGCCUCUGACGCCAUCUCCCUGCCAGUGACGAUCCAAACACCCCGACUCCCUGCCAGUGACGAUCCAAACACCCCGACUCCCUGCCAGUGACGAUCCAAACACCCCGACUCCCUGCCAGUGACGAUCCAAACACCCCGACUCCCUGCCAGUGACGAUCCAAACACCCCGACUCCCUGCCAGUGACGAUCCAAACACCCCGACUCCCUGCCAGUGACGAUCCAAACACCCCGACUCCCUGCCAGUGACGAUCCAAACACCC